GACUGAAAACCCAGUGAGGAGAUGAAGGACUGCACUGUACUACACCAGCGAAUACGGACAGGGUAAAUGCUGCAAAUAUUUCCUAACCAUCAGCCAGACAACAACUGCACAACUGUGGGAAGACAUCCAGUCCCUUCACAACAUUGCUCAGACACAGAGAAAGUUGGGCAGAGAAAUCAUCUCCGGGAAAUCAGUCGGUCAAGGGAGCUUUGACAUAUUAUCAGAUCUGAAAGUGGUCAGUGGUGUGGAGCCUUUCCAUCAGAACCAGCCGUCUGUGAGUGAUCAGUCAGGGUGAGGCUGGGAAGAAGUGUGAGUGACUCCAAGUGAGAGCUUCAAUCACUCAUCGAGCUUCAUGAACCACUGACUCAUUUAUACAGGGGAGAGGCUGUUCAAGUGUGAGGUGUGAAACGUGGACAGGCUCAGAAGGUCUCCUCAUACACAAGCUGUGUCUGUUCUAUAACGUUAAUGGAAGAGAAGCCAUUCAAGUGUGAGGUGUGUGACCAAUCAUUCUCACGCACAGCCCACUUUCUUAUACACCAGCGAACUCACACAGGGGACAAACCAUUCACAUGUGAAGUGUGCAACAAAUCAUUCUCACAGUCAUCGAAUCUCCACAGACACCGACGCAUUCAUACAGGAGAGAAACCAUUCACAUGUGAGGUCUGUCAUAAAGCCUUCACACUGUCAUCGAGCCUCUUGCUCCAUCAGACAAUCCACACAGGAGAGAAACCUUUCAAGUGUAAAGUUUGUGAUAAAGCUUUUCCAACAUCGACAAGACUUCUGUUACACCAGAGCAUCCAUACCGGGGAGAAACCUUUUCGGUGUCGGCUGUGCGACAAGUCAUUCUCUGAGUCAUCUCACUUUCACUCACACCAACGUGUUCACACUGGAGAGAAGCCGUUCACCUGCCAAGUGUGUAAUAAAUCAUUCUCACUGUCAUCAAACCUCCGUGAACACCAACGCCUUCACACUGGGGAGAAGCCGUUCAAGUGUGAGGUGUGUAAAAAGAGCUUUGCACAAUUGUCAGGCCUGGUGAAACACCGACACACUCACACAGGGGAGAAGAAAAUAUUCACUUGUGAGGUGUGUAAUAAGGAGUUUGAACAGUUGUGGGGAAUGUUGGAUCACCGUCGCAUUCACACAGUCAGGGAAGCCAAGUGAGAUGUGUGACUGAGCAUUCACACAAUCAAUGACAAUCAGCAAACACUGAUACAUCCACACUGAGGGAAGGUGGUUUAAGGCUGACGUUUGUGACAAAGGCUUCACAAUGUCCUCCCUGACACACCAGAUGAUUCGUUCAGGGAUCAGUCUAUUCAAUGAUGAGGUAUGAGAUCGUGCCUUCCCACUGCCAGAGACAUUUGCAAAACAUGGACACAUUCACACUGAGGAGAAAUCGUUCGAGGGUGAAGUGUUUGACGAGCGAAGUGAACAAUGAUCGGGCCUGAUGUAUCAUGGAUGCAUUCACUCUGAAGAACGUGAAAAAUCUUCACAAACUCGUCUAUGCUUUUGCUCCGUCAGAGAACCAACUCAUUGAGAUGAUUCUUCAGGUGUGAGAUUUAAAAGAAGGUUCUUCAAGCAUCCUGAGACACCAGAGGGUUCACAGAGGAGGAGAAAGGCCUUCAAAUGCCAUAUUUGUUUUAAGGUUUUCAUGCACUUUUCCAAUUUCUUGAAGUGCCAGAGGACCCCUAAUGGUGAGAAACCAUUCAAGUGUGCGGUGUUUAUAAGGCUUUCAUACAGUCAGCGUACCUCCUGGUCCAUCAACACACACACACGGGAGAAACACUAUUGGUUAGAGUUGUGGAAGAAAACCUUCAUGCAAUUGUUAGACCUCCUGGGAACAUAAGUUCCAGGAAGGGCAGUAUGGUGGCACAGCAGUUAGCACUGCUGUCUCACAGCGCCAGAGACCCGGGUUCAAUUCCCACCUCGGGCAACUGUCUGUGUGGAGUUCGCACAUUCUCCCCGUGUCAGCGUGGGUUUCCUCCAGGUGCUCUGGUUUCCUGCCACAGUCCAAAGAUGUGCAUUGGCAAUGCUAAAUUGCCCGUGGUGUUAGGUGAAGGGGUAAACGUAAGGGAAUGCAUCUGGGUGGGGUGCUCUUCGGAGGGUCGGUGUGGACUUGUUGGGCCAAGGGGCCUAUUUCCACACUGUAAAUAAUCUAAUCUAAUCAUAUAAGUGAAUCCACAUGGGAGAUGAAGCCAUCUAGUGUAACAUGUUAGCAUUAUUUUACCCCACCUCCUCUUUUCCACACGCUAACAUAUCUACACAUACUUGGAGCCAGUCACUUACGUCCAUUGCACUGAGAGCCGUCUGUGUUGAUUACCCUGCAGUGCUCACACAGGAGAGUGUCAUUCCAAAGUACUAUCUGUCUGUCUCAGCAGGGUCUGUCUCAAGCCUCUCACAAGUAUUUCAGGAAGAACGAUUUAGCCUUUCAUCAGCUUUCCAAACAUCACCAGAAAAUGACAUCUAUAUGUAUAGAUGCACCUGUAUGAACUCAACUUCCUUUCAGUGCUCUGUUAGGUAAAAGUCUCUCACUGACUCUGAUUCUAACCAAGAUAACGAUCAGAUACUCAGUGGUUAAAAGGGCUUCAGCUUCUGACCUUUCAGCAGAAGGAACCAGGGAGGAGCUGUUGCUGAAAUAAUAUAGAUACCUCAGUUAGAUUAAGUGUCUUUGGUGUAGGUAGAUGGAGAAUCAGCCAGCAAUCCCAAUUUCUCAUCGGUGAGCCCAGCUGGGAAGAUCAGGAUGUAUCUUGGCUGUGACAGUCUCCAUUGUCUCACAACAUUCACUGUCUGGUUGUCCAUGUGCUGAAUGGCCACUCAAACAAAGCACUAGAGGCCAGUUCAUGUCCACAACCGAUCCUCCAACAGGUAACAUUUAUUGAGUAUCUUAUUAUAGUAAAACAUCCCAAAGUGUACCACAACACAUUAUCAGCCAAGAAUUAACAGACAGAAGAGAGAUUAAGAGAGGAUGAACGGAAAUUGCCAAAGAGGAUGGAUUCAAUUUGUCCUAAUGGGAGAGAGAAAAAAAACAGAGAUAGUUAAGGAGGAAAUUCUGAAGAUCUUUUAAUGACCAAGGCACCCCUAUUCCAAGCACUGUUUACACAUCGAAGAGAAAUUGUUGUUCAAGUGUGAGUUUUACAUUCAAGCUUUCAUGAUGUCUUUGAGGAACUAGAGUUGCCAGAGUAAUCAUUGAGAGUGUGUGACAGACUUUUUACCCCUCAUUCCCCUUCCCCACCUUCUCUCCAUCGUACAUUGUCUUUUGUAGAUAAUAGUUCUCUCUUGAAUGCCUCCAUUGAACCUGCCUCCACUACACUCUCAGCCAGAGCAUUCCAGACCCCAACCACUGGCUGUUUGAAAUGUUUUUCCGCAUGUCAUCAGCGUCUCUUUUUGUCAAUCACCUGAAACUCGUAUUCCCUCCUCUCAGUUCCUUCACAAGUGGGAUCAUGUAGAGUCUUGGAGGUAUACAUCAUGGAAACAGGUCCUUCGGUCCAACUCAUCCAUGCCAACCAGAUUUCCUGAACUGAGCAAGACCCAUUUACCUUAAUUUGGCCCAUUUCCUAUCUGUGUACCCUUCCAAAUGUCUUUUAAAUGUUGUGAUUGUACUCACCUCUACCACUUCUCUGGCAGUUCAUUCCAUGUACACACCAUCUUGUGUGUGAAAAAUCUCCCUUUUAAAUAUUUCUAUUCUCACUUUAAACCUAUGCCCUUAGUUUUGGACGCCCAUACCCUGGGGAAAAGAACUCGGGCAGGGUAAUCCCGCAAUACAUUGGUUAGUUCUUCCAAAGGAGCAAUUGCAAAUCAGUCAUGUGAGAAAGUGAUGAAAAGUUGUUGAGGAGGCUGACUUUGGAUAGGAGAGCUGCCACAACAGCAGAAUUGAAGCAAAGAAAACAGGUCGCUGUUUAAUUGACAUUAAAAGUGCUCAAUAAAACCUACCACAACUGAAUGACAAACAGGGUGUUGUUAUGAUGUAAAUUUGAAUUGUCAAAGGUAAGAGCUACUACUCCUCAAUCAUGAUAUCAUAGAAUCUCCACAGAGUGGAAGAAGGUCAUUCAACCCGUCGAUUCCACACCAACAUUCCAAAGGUUAUCUCACCCAGACCCACACCACUACCCUAUCCUUGUAACCCUGCAUGUUCUUGAUCCACUUAGCCUGCACAUUUCUGGACACUCUGGGCAACUUAGCAUAGCCAGUCCACCUUAUCUGCACAUCUUUACACUGUGGGAACAAACUGAAGGAUCCAGAGGAAGUCCACACACAGGAAGAAUGUACAAAUAGACAGUCACCUGAGGAUGGCAUGAUAUCUACUCUGGGCACAUAUAAUAUUAAAAAGCUUUCCAGGGGUGUUCAGCAUUAGAACUUGCAGGAGAUUCCAAGUGGACAUGUUCCAAUCAUUGAGAAAACACAUGAAUUUACAUUUUAUUUGAAAUGACCAAAGCAACCUAGAUCAGAAUAAUGUUAUUUAUAAUAAUCAUUGUAAAAACACACCAAACAUUUUCCAAAGAAAUGUUAACCAUUUCCCUUGUCUUAGUGAAUAAACACAUUUUUUUGAAGCUGUAUUGAUAAACCCAUGGAUGCAAAUGGAGCCAUUUGCUUUUUUAAAUACUUUCUCAGACUGUCCUGCCAAUUUCAGAGAUUUUGAACAGAUACACCAAGGUCUGUCUGAUCCUACACUCUUUUGGAACUCUACCUCUGUUUUAGAUUGUCUUUGUGCAUUCUUUAUGGCAAAAUAAAUCACUUUACACUUCUCUACAUCAAAAUUUCUUUUCCCACCUCUCCACCCAUUCGACAAACCUGCCUCCUUUUGAUAUUUCACACUGACCUUUUCAAGGUUCAUGAUAGCUUCAACUUCUGUACUUGGUAAAACGUCGUUAUUGUGUCCUGUGCAGCAAGAUCAUUAAUUACAUCUGAGGAAUGCUGUGUCCUAAAACACAGUGACCCUUGGAGAACCCCUUUCUCAAACUUCCUGCAGCCUCAUAAAUAGACUUUAACCAUUCCUCACUGUCUCUGGUUACUCGGCCCAUUUUGUAUCUGUGAAGCUGCUUUCCCUUUGAUUCUGAGAGUUGUAACUUAUCUCACAAAUCCAUUGUACAGCAUGUUUUCAAAUGCCUUUUGGCAUCAGAAUAACAGUGUUCCCUCAUCAAACCUCUCAGUUACCUCAACAAAUGACUUACAGAAGUCAUUACACUAUCGUUGCCCUUUACUAAUCUGUUUUGCAUUUUGUUAAUUAACCAACAUUUACCCGUGAUUUCACUUCCUUCUCAACUAUUGUUUCAAGAAGCCUACCCAACACUAAUGUUAAACUGAAUAACUUAACAGGUUGUUGCUGCAUUUGUCUUUACAUAUUUUUAAAUGCAAAUAAUAGUUUACAAUUCUCCCGUUCUCCUCCCAAUUCUCAGGAAAACUGAAAAAUUGGGCCGUGCCUCCAGAAUUCUCACUCCAGCCAAAUAAUCUUCUCAGCAGCAGACUCAAUGGCUGAAUGGCUUAAUUUCUGCUCCGAUGUCUUAUGGUCUAAAGGCAGCGAUCGUUCAUGUACUAUUUCACCUCAGUCUUUUAUUCCAAUGUAUCUGGUCAGAUGCAUUCUUAUUUCAUUGUGGUUUGUUUUUCCUGAAAUUAGUUCUUAUUCCGAAUUGUUCCUUGUCUUUCUGUGUCACCACACCUAAACCCUCUGAUACAGUGAUCACCAUCCCCUAAAGGUACCCCCAUUGACACUUGCAACUUUUCAGUGACAUCCUUAGUCCUGGCAUUAGCAGGUUAAUGUCUUGAUUCAUGCUUAUGGCACAGGAACAUUUCUUGUCGAUAUCAAGUCUCCUAUCACGAUUACUUUUCCAGUCUUCUCUGUGUCCCUCUGUUCCGUUGAGCCAACUGUGGUGCCAUGAACUCUCUUGAUUUUUUAUGACAUUCAUCAGGAUUCAGAACUCAACACUGGUUGGACAGUGAGGUACACUUAGGGGUCCUUCCUUCCUGACACUUCCUAAAUCACUCCUGAACAGCCUGACUCUGGUUUUAAAGGUGCAAAGUGUGUGUCUGUAUAAUGAGCCAGAUCUCAGGAGUGGGUAUGGGGUAGAAUAAGACCCUUUUUUAGUUGGUGAUGUGAAGUACAGAUAGAUCCUUGUCAGGUAAUGGCUGUUACUAUGGGGAAUGUUUGUACUCCCCUGUCUGGGAUGACCACUAUUCUGAGUACAGGGAAGGAGUGGAGUUAGCUUUGACAGACCCAAGCUUCCUCAAUCCAUGAUGUAUACCUGAACAUAAAAAUAGUGUGAUGAGAAUCAUUUCAAAAUGUUUUGUGAAUGAACUUGAGUCAAUUUCAAAUACUAUGUUAUUUUGGUUGAUUCACGUUUUGAUGUAA